UGACCUCACAAAGCCUUCAGACAUUUACACCAGACCUCAAAUUAACCUGUUUAUGACUCUCUUCUAGGAAAACAGAGCUCUGCUGUGAUCUGCUGUGGAGCCACUGAGAAGAUGGCACUGUUCUGGUUUUUUGCAGCUCUUGUCUCUGUUGCUCUGGCCUACAGAGAAGGUCAAAUGGAGCACAGAUCCAGGCCAUCUGACUGUUCUGACAUCCAUAGAUCAGGAGAAAGGUCCAGUAGGACUCACACCAUUCAUAUAGACGACAGUCCCGUCCAUGUUGACUGUCAUAUGGUAUCAGAAGGUAGAGAGGAAGAGCACGGAGGAUGGACGGUGAUUCAGAAGAGGAUGGACGGCAGUCUGAAUUUCUAUCGGCCGUGGAGAGAGUACAAGAGAGGAUUCGGGACUGCGGAGGGUGAACACUGGCUGGGUCUGGAUCACAUCCACCACAUGACACGCCACAGGAGGUACAUGUUGAGAGUGGAUAUGGAGGACUUCAAUGGAAGGAAAGGUUCCGCUCAUUACUCGUCCUUCUCUGUGGGAUCUGAAGAAGACGGCUAUAAACUGCACGUUUCAGGAUUCAGGGAUGGAGGAGCAGGCGACUCUCUGUCUUCCCACAACCAUCAGAAGUUCUCCACCUUUGACAAAGACCAAGACGAUUACAAAAAGAACUGCGCCAGAGAGUUUCUGGGGGGAUUCUGGUAUAAAAAGUGUCACCAUGCAAACCCCAACGGUGUGUAUUUAUGGGGGCACGAUCGCACCCAUUACGCUAUCGGUGUGUGUUGGUGGAGCUGGGAUCACAAUUACUUCAACAGCUUGAAACACAUCUCCAUGAAGAUCAAACGCAUAUACUAGAACAUGUGAUGUUUACAGGGGCAAAUGCAUAAUGCCAAUUACUCUAUCUUUAAUGCUUAAAGCUGAGCCCUCAGUGCUUUACAGUGUGUAUGUGAACACAUGCCCUUGACACAAUUACACCUCUGAAAGUCUCUCUCUCCAGAAGUUAUAAUGACUUAUAAUGCUGUGUUUAACUUUCCCACAAGCUGUUCAAUGACCGUGAUUUGUCUUUGUUUCAGUCAGUUUUUACUAUUCACAUGAUAAUACUCAAUAAA